AUGGAUAAAUGGAUAGUAUUAACCAAAAUAGGUGAUGGUAAACAUAUGAAAUGGAAUAAUAAUGAGAAGAAUAAUCAUGAAACGGGAGUUUCUGUUGAGAGUUCACUCUUCUCUUUGUAUUGCAAAAAAAUAAAAAAAUCUCUCUAUUUCUACUCAUUAUGUAGAGCAAGGCCAACAAAAUUUGUAUCGAAGUUAAUUAUUGUCACAAUAUGGAUUGUUUCUAUCACAUUUGCUAUACCAUGUGCCAUUGCUUUUCGCGUAGAGUUGGUACACGAACGGAUAAGAGAGGAUGGCGUAAUCUACAAUAUGACACGACCGUUUUGCUUGAAUAAGAAUCUCUCAGAAGAGCAGUUGCAAACAUAUCGUUAUUCUUUGGUAUUUGUGCAGUACUUGGUGCCAUUUUGCGUCAUCAGUUUUGUGUACAUACAAAUGGCAGUGAAAUUAUGGGGCACUAGAACACCUGGUAAUGCACAAGAUUUGCGUGACAUGACAUUGUUAAGAAAUAAGAAGAAGGUCAUUAAAAUGCUGAUUAUUGUCGUCAUUGUAUUUGGAUUAUGCUGGUUACCACUACAGCUCUAUAACAUACUUUACGUAACAAUACCAGAAAUAAAUGAAUAUCAUUUCAUCAGCAUCAUUUGGUUUUGUUGUGAUUGGCUCGCAAUGAGUAACAGUUGCUAUAAUCCUUUCAUUUAUGGUAUUUACAAUGAAAAAUUCAAGCGUGAAUUCAAUAAACGUUUUGCGGCAUGCUUUUGUAAAUUCAAGACAUCCUUGGAUUCACAUGACCGCACUCUAUCCAUGCACACACGCGGUAGUUCCCUACGUUCCAGUUACAUGAGUUCCUCAAUGCGUAUGCGUAAUAACAUAUUCUCAUCCAGUCAUCAACACCCUGUUAGAACGGCACAUUGCUACCGUCCAGGGCAGAUGAAAAUUGGUAAAAAUGGCCACAACAACAUUUACAAUGUCAUGACUUUCGGUAAUAACACUGCGAACAAUUUUAAUGGAGGCGUUGAUGCUAACAUUAUUGUUGGUGUACAUGAUGCAAAUAAUGUUGGUCCGUUAAUGUACCAGUGGAGGCGUAAUAACUUUAAGCCGUUACAUCCAGAUGUCAUUGAAAAUGAAGAUGAUAUGGGAUUGAUGGAGUUGCCGUCAACACCGCCAUCAGAGAUACCUUCCGGUACGUAUGGCAACACGGUUGAUACGAUUAAAAGCGACUCGAAUGAAAGUUCCAGUUGUAUUUGUGAACAAGAAUUAGGUAGUCGCACUGAGUGUGAUGGCACUUGUAUACUGAUGGAAGUUGCACGUGUGCAGGCACCGCACACUGACAUCGUCGAAGCUACGGACAAGGACAUACAAUUUUAAAUGUUCCAAGCACUGCAGGUGUUGUGAUUUAGCAAUGCACAUAUAUUAUAAAUUAAGUUAAUUAUAAUUAAAAUUUUAGUUGUACUCUCUUUCUUAUGUUUUCUUAAGAAAAGUUGUUUGAAACUGU